ACAGCAGCCAAGACACACAGCAGAAAGCAAGCAAGCAAGCAAGCUGUCUGGUUGGUUGAAGAGUCGCACACACACACACGACACUACCGCAUCAACAGCCACAUCACGGCACAGGCGGCAGCCACCACGCGCGUGAGCCAUGUUUGCGCGGCUGUCUCGGGUGCUGGGGGGCGGCGGCGGUGGCGGAGGAUCGCAUCGGUCCAAGCCCACCAACCACACCGUGCUCAGGAAGAGCACGUUUGGGUUGCCGCAGCGGUCCCAGACCAUGGCGUUUGACACUGUCAACGGCUUGCUCGCCAUCGGCACACGACAAGGCACCGUCGUGCUGUAUGGGCAGGAUCGGGCCAAGCUCGAGUGGUCGCAUCCGCAGUCCGAGGACGUCCGCCAGAUUGUCUUUAUCCCGGAGAAGCAUGAGCUCAUCACGCUGUGUCAUCCGUCAAAAUUGUUCUCGUGGCGCUGGGAGACCGACCCACCCAUUCUCAUCCACACGCUCGACUUUAAACACGAAGAGUACGAGGCGCUGCCCGUGACGGACGUGUGCAUGUCAUCAGACGCGUCGUCGCUCAUUGUCACACACGCGGGCGGACACGCGCUCGCAUACGCACUCGCACACACGCGCGCAACCGUGACGCCGCAGUGCGUUGACGUGACGAUGCUCAUCAAGGACCCGUCCAUGGCUGCCAUGACAGCAAGUGGCGGUGGCGGUGUGAAGAUGAUUGAAGGUGUUGAUGCAAGCAGCAGCAGCACUGAUGCAAUGCACUCGCCCACGAAGAAGAAGCGCGCCUCGUCCACAGCGUCAUCGACAUCAACGACGUCUACUUCAACAGCAGCAGCAGCAGCCAGGACGGCCGCAACAGCAACAGCAACAGGAACUGCUACAUCAGGGGAGGAGAAGAAGCUCGCCAUGCCCGAGCCGGUCAUCAGGAAGCUGAUGGCGUAUGGGUUUACGCGCGACCACGUUCUAAAUGCGCUCGAGGCGGCAAACAACGACGUGAAUGUCGCCAUGUCCACGCUCAUGACGCAACAGCUCGAAGGGUCCAUGAGCAGUGAACCUGGCAAGAAGGACAGUGGCAAGAAGGACAGUGGCAGCGGCAGUGCUGCUGUGAACAAAAUCGCUACCAGUGGCAGUGAUGGUGAUGGUGAUGGUGGUGGUGAUGGUGAUGAUGAUGAUGGUGAUGGUGGUGGUGCUGAUGGUGACGAUGGGAAAGAGAGCAGCGGCGGCGGCACAUCGUCAUCGCCUGUUCGCGCCCUUGGAGAGGAGGACAUCAAGGCGCAAGGGAACACAACAAAGACGCAAAAGGAUAGCAGUGACGAGCAGCAAGGACCGCAGUCGUACAAUGCGGGACCUGGCUUCCACCUGCGCGCCAUUGUUCGCUGCGCAUGCUUUGCGCCGGACGGGGGUGUGCGGCACAUUGAUCACGCCACGUGCACGUACACGGCGUUUGACGCCGGUAUUGUUGCGAUUGGCAACAGGCACGGUGUUGGCAUCGUCGUCUUUCAGGACAUGGACUCAUGCAAAGUGUCGUGGCAUCGUGGGUUCUCCACGGGCGAGCUCUGUCUUUCGCGCCCGAAAUGCACAGCGGUGCACGAGAGCGCACACGUGUCCGCAGUCACCGUCAGCUACAGCGAGGUGCGGCACGAGCUGCCUGAAGAGGAUCUCGGUGUUCUGCGAUCUCUUUUUGUCGACCGCCGUGCCGUUCUCAAGGCAAACGCGAACGUGAGCGCAACCACAGCAGCGACAGAUCAGCAGCAACAGCAGCAGCAGAGAAAGGACACAAGACCAAAGCUGCAGCCACAACGCCCGCCGCCACCACGGCCAUCAUCAUCGUCUGCUAACAAGAGUGCAGCCACAGAAAAACAACAACAACAACAACAACAACAACAACAACAACAACAACAACAACAACAACAACAACAACAACAACAACAACAACAACAACAACAACAACAACAACAACAAAGUGCUGCAUCGAAACCUGCCAGUGGAGGGGCAAAGAGGGCCACCGACAAUCCUGCUCAUGACAGCACCACCGCCAGCAGUAACAGCGGCAGCAACAGCAACAGUGGCAGCAAGAGAAGCACGCGUCCCAGCAGCAAGGUCAACAGUCGCAAGGCAAGCACCACCACGACGACGACGAUGACGACAGCUGGCGAUGAUGAAGUGGCGGACCGGAGCAUACGACGAAGGAAAGAUAGGAAACCGCUGCUGAUUGUCAUCACAACCACGAGCGUUCACCUCUUCGAUAAGGGGACGAUGAAGACGAAGCACGAUCUCUCGGCCACGGGCGUCGAGGUGUUUCUCAGCAGAUAUGAAGGGCGCGUGUGCUGCUGCGUGCUGUGCGACAACAGUCAGCUCGAUGCAUUCACGCUCCCGUCGCUCAACCGCCUCUUCUCCGUACAACUUUUCGUCUCCCGGAACCAAGCGGGAGGGACGGUGGCAAAGGGAGACCUGGGUGAUGCAACGACGAGUGGCGGUGAUGGCGAGGAUGGCAACAGAGCACCCAGCAGGGUGUAUGACCCGACGCUGCCGGUGCAGCGGCCGCAGCAUUCGCAGCAGAAGCGCUCUUUCUUCGCCAGCUUGACAAAGUCAAAGUCAACGCCAAAGUCGUCCAUCACCAUUGACGAACGCAACGAGCUCCUUGGAAAGUGCGUGGACAAGCGUGACUCGACACAUCUCGCCACGCGGACGACACACGCAUCAGAGGCGCAGGGCGGCUUCUCGGAGAUGCUCAUGCGCGAGGAGAAGUUGCGGCGAGCGGAGGAGCGCGCAAAGGAGAUGGCCGACGACGCAGCAAACUUCCAGAGCGCAACCAGAACGCAACAAAGUCAGCAACUGAUGGAGCAGAUGAAGAACAAGAAGUGGUGGGAGCUGUGA